AUAAGGGAAUGGAGACACCUUCGGCCCCUUAUUCUAAUUCUUAAAUUGUUACUACGCGAACACGAUCUCAACGAGACGUACAAAGGCGGAGUCGGGUCGUACAUGUUGUUCAAUAUGGUCACCCAUCACCUGCAGCAGGAGGCGAAGUCGCGAGCGUCCAAACAGCGCAAGUCUGCCAACAGAAGGACGCAGAGGACGCAAGAUUGCGACGAAGGUAUAACCCGAACACCACCCUUGUCCACCCCCCUUUUUCCUUUAGUUUACGACUCGCUUGCGGACUACCUGGAGGAGGAUACCUUGGGGAACUUACUCGUGUCCUUCUUGAGGAGAUACACCAACUUCGACUAUGUCUUUGACGGCAUCGACAUUCGCGGCAACGGCCAAAUUAUUCGCAAGUCCGAGUAUUGCGAUGAGCCCAAUGACCGGCUGUACGUGGUUUCACCUCUGGAGCCGCACCUGGACGUGGGGAAGUCGACUUAUAAGAUGACGGAAGUCAUUGAGGUAUUCGAGAAAACAUAUCUGGUAGGCACGCGCGCACGUACGUAUCCGCACACAUAG